UGACAGUCAAAGAUGAAGGCGCAAGCGACAACAAUGACGACUAGAAUUACAUUGUUCUUCGCCCUUACGAUUGGACGAUGCCUUUCUUUUGGGAACUUCCAAAUGCCUAACUUUCCGUGGUCUGGGAAUGGAGGAGAAGGGAAAGGGUUGUUGAAGACCACAAAUGGUGGAAUACUUCAACCUGGUGAUACAGUCGCAGUUGUUGGUGCCUCCGGAAACGUCGGAAAGCUGGUAGCCCUUCGCCUGUCAGAUACGUACAAAGUGAAUGGAAUCGUUCGGAAUGCGGACUCCGUCAAACCCUUUUUCGAGGGACGAGAAGACAGCAUCUCUUUGUUCGAGACAGACCUGUUGGAAGAGGUGACAUCGACCUCCAAACCAGAAACAUUGUCUUGCCCCGAUUCGCUCUAUCCUGCACUGUGUGACGCCAAUGCUAUUGUUAUUUGCACAGGAACAACAGCCUUUCCAACCAAGGCAUGGUCCCGAUCCGGGGAAUUUUCUGUCACUUCCGAGGUUAUCAACGCGCUUUUGGACUCAAAAUUCGAUGUGCGGGAAGCCCUCAACCAACUGGACGCAAAAGGGCUGAACACGCCCCGAAACGUUGAUAAUCUAAGUAACAAGCUCGUUUUGGAUGCUUGGAAAGCAUCAUCCAAGGUGAGCCGGAAGCGCGCCAUCAUGUUGAGCUCGAUAGGUGUGACUCGCCGAGAAAGCAUGCCCUUUCCCAUUUUGAACGCAUGCGGUGUUCUGGACGCUAAAGCUGCCGGUGAGCAAGCACUCAUGGAUUCGGCAUCCGAGGACGGCUUUUCUUACACCAUCGUAAGGCCAGGUCAAUUGUUUGGAGGACCAUACGACAAUAAUUAUUAUCUUGGAACACUUUUCCAAUUAGACAAAGACUCCGAAACCCAGGACGUAAAUCUUGGUAAAGGCGACAUAUUGCUAGGAGAUACGCUCAGAAGUACCCUUGCUGAGGUUACAGCGCAACUCAUGGAGGGCAAUAGCGCAAGAGAUGUAGACUUUGCUGUUGUGAAUGUGAAAGGAGAUGCUCCAACUGCAGACUCGGUAAAUGAAAAACUCGUUGCAUUAUAGAAGGGUAUAAUAAUAAAGAAGACCUAGC